AUGGUCAUACCUACACAAAUUGAUAUAGAGACAUUGCCUGACCAUGAUCCUGAGAGAUUUAAAAACUUUUAUGAAAUAGAGAUUGAUGGAUAACCUGCAUUUCAAUUACAAGAUGGAACAACCUUCCUUUUAGAUUUCAAUAAUGGGUAUAUAAAUCUCAUCCUAUAAUUAGUUGGGUUGAUGAAAAGAAUUGUUAUUAUAAUAGUUUGGCUGAACCUUUAGGAUGGUUUGUGAAAUUUUCAGAUGGCCAAACUUUCUUUUACAACUUUGAUGGAUUUUUUGUUCCUUACAAAAGAGAUCCAUCGAAGUUGCCAAAACACAAACAGAAAGUUAGUCUAACCUAAUUGGAUAAGGAUUACAACUUUCUUGAUUAGGAUGGAUGCUAUUAUGAUAAAUCUGGUGAACCGUUGGGAUGGAAAUUGUAAUGUGAAGAUGGUGAAGUAUUUAUACCUUUAAAUUACUAGCUUUAUUUCUUUGAUUUGAAUGGAGAUUAUAUUCAUAUUGAUGAUUAAGUUAAUGAUCUAAAUGAUCUAAAUGAUCUAAUUUAAUUUGAUUUAGGUGACUUCAAAUACGAUUUUAAAUAAAAUGUACAAUAUAUUAAAGAAUCACAAAAACCAUAUCCUAAAGAAGAGCCUAAAUAAAUCAAUAAAACCUAACCCUAAAUUUUAUAAUAAAAGUAAAUCCCAAAGCAAUAAUAAAAACCUAAGCUUCCACAGAAGCCUUAAAUAAAUUAGUAAAAUCAAUAAGCAUAAAUAAAUCAAAAAGCAUAAAUNUUAUAAGAAUAAUUGUGUUCUAGUUGGAGAUGCAUGUCAUGGAAUGCCACCUGCUGGUGGAUUUGGAAUGAACACAGGAAUUUAAGAUGCUUAAAACUUAGCCUACAAAAUAAAAGAAUAAAAAGAUCUUUUGUAUUAUUAACAAGAGAGAUAAUAGAUAGCUUAAGAUAAUAUUGA